AUGGCUUCUCUGAAUUAUUGCAUUUGUGUCCCUAUUUUGUUUCAGAUUAUCCUAUUGCUGUCGAUUUCCUAUCUACCCAAAACACUUUCACAAGCCCCAAGCUCCUCAAACCCCACCAUAGCCCAAUGCACAUCAAGCCUCCUUCCCCUUAUUCCUUGCACACCAUUUGUGCAGGGUACUGCUAGGUCUCCUGGGCCACAAUGCUGUGACAACCUCAAACAACUCUAUAGCCAAGAGCCACACUGCCUUUGCCUCUUGCUCAAUGACACUUCUUUGAGCACUUUACCCGUCAACAGGACACUUGCUCUGCAGUUGCCAGCUCUUUGCAUCCUUCAAGUCAAUGUUUCAGCAUGUUCAGGGGAACAAGUUCAUGCACCUUCAACCUCACCAAAUUCUCAAGUUUCCUUGGGCACAAAGAACAACUCUACUGUUGUUGCUUCGCCAGCAUUUUCAGUGCCACCAAGACCAAGCAUCAUGGGAUUUGGGUUUGGAAGAAGCAAAGCUAUUAACUUAAAAACAGCAAAUGGAUUAGUUGCUGUCAUGAAUCUAGUGAUUUUGUUGUUCACAUCACUGCUUAAAUAA